AUGGACCGUUUCUUCGCAGCGGCGCGGCGUGUCAAGCCCUUGUCCCGCUGCGCGCAUGGCUCAACGUCGCUGAAAAAGUGUCUGACGCUCGUGGAUCUGGUGGCCUAUGGCGUGGGCUGCUCGGUGGGUGCAGGUGUCUACUCGCUCGUGGGCGUGGGCGCGCAGAUCGCAGGCCCCAGUAUCUCGCUCUCGUUCUUCAUCAGCGGCGUCGCUUGUGUCUUUACGUCGCUCACGUACUCGGAGUUUGCAGCUCGUGUACCGGUGACGGGCUCUGCGUAUACGUUCGUGUACAUUACGUUUGGCGAGUUGGCUGCGUGGCUUAUUGGCUGGAAUUUGACGCUGGGAUACGGGAUCUCGGCAGCUGGUAUUGCACGGAGUUGGGCCUCGUAUGCCCACUUGUUCCUGCAGCAUGUCGGUCUUCAUCUGCCGCUAUGGCUCGUGCGCGUACAAUUUCUAGGCGUAUCGUGUAGUAUACUUGCAGCGGUUCUCGUAAUCUGCUGUACCUUUAUUCUACUGGCUGGAGUUCGUGAAUCUGCCAAGUUUAAUUCGUUUGUAACGUUGUUGAAUGUUGCGGUGCUGCUCUUUGUGGUGGUAUACGGAAGCACUGAAGUGAAUCCGACAUACUGGGAACCGUUCAUGCCGGCCGGGUUCCAUGGUGUCAUGAUGGGGGCUGGUGUUGUCUUUUUUGCAUACCUGGGGUUUGACAUGGUUGCCUGUCUUGCGGAGGAGGUGCAUGAUCCCCAGCGCACCUUGCCGAAAGGAAUUAUUGGCUCGCUGCUGAUCUCCGUGACCAUUUAUGUCGGAGUGUCACUGGUUGUAACUGGAAUGGCACCCAUCGACGUCUUAGGCGACGAGGUUCCACUUGUGAAAGCCUUUGUUUUCCACAAUGCACCAUGGGCGGGUCGUAUCGUGUCGUUUGGCUCGAUCUUUGGGCUUACCACUGCCGCGUUUACCUGUCUCAUGGGUCAACCGCGUAUCUUUUACCAAAUGGCGAAGGACGGGUUGCUACCGUCACUUUUUUCCACGCUGGACAGUCGGACGCAUGUGCCUGUUUCCAGUACAAUCUUGACCGGCAUUCUCGUUGCUUCAAUCGCAUUCGUCUUCGAGCUUACUUUCCUGGCCAACGUGAUUUCGUGCGGCACACUGCAAGUCUUCACUUUCGUUAAUGCUGGCGUGAUACUUCUGCGCAUGCGUCCAAGUUCCAGUGCCACCAGCGUCGUUCAACGUGUUCUCCUGUAUGUGCUGUCGUGCUUCGCGUUAUCGUUAUCUUUCGCGUUUGAUCUUCCUUGGAUGAUUCAAGGCGUGUUUGCAAUUUUGGUACUCGCUGCAUUCGUGUUCAUUUGUCGAUUGGGCAAGCUUAGCACUCUUACUACGUCGUUUCAGUGCCCACUCGUACCGUUUGUGCCGUGUUUUGGGAUUCUCGCCAAUGUGUACAUGAUGGCAAGUAUCCCCGGCGAGGGCUGGCUCGGUGUACUCAUCUGGCUCAGUGUGGGGCUGGCCGUGUACUUGUGCUAUGGAAUCCGUCACAGCGUGUUAACGGAUCACGCGCUUUUACGCCCGCUCAUUUGA